CAAAGUGGAAAUUCCUGUGCUUUGCUUAAUCUAACUACAGUCGAGCUUUGGGGUUCAGCAUGUUGUGAAGAUGGUGCCAUGAGCAGUUGCUGUGCGGUGUAACCCAUGUGCGCUGAACAAUCAUUAAUAUUGUGCAACUUCCAGAUGGGUCACUUCUUCAGGGUAUUUGGAGACAUCUCCCAGACCUUCCUCCCGUAAUGGAGUAGAACUAAGCAGGCUGCAGUUACUGGCUGUCAGUCUCAAGAAGAUGAGGACGAGCUGGCUAAUUAAAUAUACACUGUUCUCAUUCUGCUACAUCUUCUGGGUAGCAGGUGGGCUGAUGAUAGCUGUGGGGAUCUACUCCAAAACAGCAGUGGAAGGAGGUGCUGUGGAUUCACUAACAGCGGAUCCUGCACUAAUACUGAUUAUUGUUGGAUGCUUAAUAUUCUGUAUCACUUUCCUGGGCUGCGCUGGAGCACUGCGUGACAUUCAGAUUCUGCUGAAAAUAUUCCUGUGGACUCUCCUGCUCAUUCUGCUGCUUCAAGUAACAGGUGCUAUACUUGGCUUCAUAUUCUCUGAAAAGGUGGAAAGAAAAGCUGUGGCAUUACUGGAGAAAGGAAUGAUCAGAUACAGGGAUGACCUUGACCUGCAAAAUCUCAUUGAUUACAUCCAGAAAAAGUUCAAAUGUUGCGGAGUGUCAAGUUACAAAGAUUGGUCCAAAAAUGUGUACUUCAGCUGUGCAGAAACCAACCCCAGCCUUGAACACUGCAGUGUGCCAUUUUCCUGCUGUGUCAUGGCUACUGGAGAGGUGCUGAACACCAUGUGUGGGUACGAGACUCAGCUGCUCAAACCCUGGACAGCCCGGAAACAGAUCUACACCAAUGGAUGUUUGGACACCAUUGUUAAAUGGGGACAUCAGAAUCUGUUUCUGAUUGGCGGCGUAGGCCUUGGCCUGCUUCUCCUCGAGAUUUUGAUGAUCUCAUUGACAGCUAUCUUGCUCAGACAAAUCCACUUCAUCAAGAAGAAAAUCAUCCGAAGGAGCACUAUGCAUUAGACCCCACUCGCAGAAAAUGCCCAUCUCCUCUUGUGACGGCAUCUGAACAGAAAGCAGCACAUCUCCUUCUGAUGCACUGAACCCUCACCACAUCUUACAGAUAUGGACUUCAAAACCGGAGAGAAUCUAACUGGACUGCAUGGAAUCACUUGUAUAUCGCCACCACUGUGAUAUUUCUUAUUGGAGUUGAUUACUAGGGAAACAUUUUGCAUUUGCUAAUUAGUACUCAUCAGCUUCAGAAGGCUUUGAGUUAUGCUGGAACAUCAUUCUGGGGAUGGCCUUCAGUUACUUCCUCAAAUGGCUGUUCUUAGCUGAAUUGCCCUGGAAGGUCUGACCAUGUGGGCGGGGCAGCAGAGUUCAGACGACUGGGGGUAUCACACCCACCAACAACUCCCCAGGAGGGGAUCCAAGAUCAGGAGCUAAGGUGGAUUUCCCUCAGUACCAAGGUCACUUGUUUCACCUGUCUUCCUGUCAGCCGUAAACAGCAUAUUAAACCUGGGUGCUUGCCAGGUUCCUGGGCCUGGUGAAUAAAGAGAAACUCAACUCAUUUU